GCUAAACGGGGGUGCAGAUAGCAUCUUCCAACCGAUAGAUUAAUUUGACCCAAUACAGAUUCAAAUCCUUCUUUGAUUUGGUGUAGGUUGUAUGAGCUUGAUUGCGCAGCACACACAGCAAUAAAGCUUGGAUUCGGCAAAAUUGAAACUUGAUUCUUACCCUCAUCAGUGGAACUUCGAUGUGGGUAUUGAUAUGAGUAUGCCAAGGUUUGGGCGUCCGAAGAAUCAUGGUGAGUUGAGUUCGAACCUUUACGUGGCCAAUUGUGGGCCCGCAGUGGGGAUUUCUGAUGAUGACAUUGCAUCUGUGUUCUGCAAAUUUGGAGAGCUUAAGGGAGUUUAUGCAGCAGAUGAGAGUGGGACACGUGUCAUUGUGGCCUAUGCUGAAGAAGGCUCUGCACAAGCUGCCUUGGAGGCAUUACAUGGACGCCCAUGUCCUGAACUUGGAGGUCGAUCCAUGCAUAUCCGUUAUUCCGUGCUUCAGCCAAUAAUACAGGAUCAAGCUAGUGACUUGGUUCCUGUAUCUAUCUUUGCAUCAGAAGUGAGCAUUCCAGGCCUUUACCUAAUUCAUGACUUCAUUAGUGCUAAAGAAGAAGAGGAACUGCUUCAGGCUGUUGACUGCAGGCCCUGGAACAGUCUUGCAAAAAGAAGGGUUCAACACUACGGUUAUGAGUUUCGUUAUGAUACUAGGAACGUUAAUACAAGGCAUUGCUUAGGUGAACUUCCGUCAUUUGUUUCUCCAAUACUAGAAAGAAUUUCAUCAUGUCCAAGUUUCAAGAAUAUUAAAAAUAUAGUUUUGGACCAACUUACGGUAAAUGAGUACCCACCUGGAGUGGGUCUGUCCCCUCAUAUAGACACUCACUCUGCAUUUGAAGAUUUAAUUUUCAGCCUUUCAUUAUCAGGGCCCUGUAUAAUGGAGUUCAGGCGGUAUGAAAAUGGAGAUUGGCUUCCUAAAGUUGCCUCAAGUUCUAUUGCAAAAACAGAAAAUACUGAAGAUCAAUCAACUUUUAAAAGGAGAGCUAUCUAUCUUCCUCCUCGGUCUUUACUACUCUUGUCUGGAGAAGCACGUUAUGCAUGGCAUCAUUACAUUCCACAUCACAAGAUCUUAAAGGGCAUGAGAAUGCAAAAGCAAAACAACCUUUUUUUUUUGGCUCACUAGCAAGUCAAAAAUUUUCCUAAAUUUUAAUAUAAAAUUAGUAAAAGAUCCCAUUUUCCAAGUAAAAGAUCUCUUCUGCCUCUCGGCCUCAUCGGGUUCUCGGCCAGUCGGCCCCAAGCUUCAACCGUUCGGUCAUAGCAUGACCUUUCAGGUAAAUCUCUCAAACUUGGCUUCACAGGUAUUUGGCCAACCAUUCGGCCCCUAAAAUCCAUCCUUGACCAAUCGACCAAGCAGUACGCAACAGAAACCCAAGUUGAUGAACGAAGUAUCACUCCUGUCAACUUGGUUGGGCGGUGAACGGCUACGCCCUGCCGCCCCCAACAUUUUGAAGAAACCCAAGUUGAUGAACAGAGUAUCACUCCUGUCAACUUGGCCGGGCGGUGAAUGGCUACGCCCUGCCGCCCCCAACAUCCUAAAGAAACCCAAGUUGAUGAACGGAGUUUCACUCCUGCUAACUUGGCUGGGAGGUGAACGGCUACGCCCUGCCGCCCCCAACAUCCUGAAGGAACCCGAGUUGAUGAACGGAGUAUCACUCCUGUCAACUUGGUUGGGCGGUGAACGGCUACGCCCUGCCGCCCCAACAUUUUGAAGAAACCCAAGUUGAUGAACGGAGUAUCACUCCUGUCAACUUGGUCGGGCGAUGAAUGGCUACGCCCCAACAUCCUGAAGAAACCCAAGUUGGUGAAUGGAGUAUCACUCCUGUCAACUUGGCCGGACAGGAACGGCUACGCCCUGCCGCCCCCAACAUCCUGAAGGAACCCUAGUUGAUGAAUAGAGUAUCACUCCUGUCAACUUGGCCGGGCGGUGAACGGCUGUGCCCUGCUGCCCCCAACACACUAAGGAUCGCCUAUUUAAGGAAAGGGACAUCGUCCAACUCUCGGCCUCCAAAGGCCUCGACAUCUCGGCCAUUCGGCCUCCAACUAUCGGUCAUCCAUUGGCCUCCAGCAUCUCGGCCAUUCGGCCCUCAAGCUCUCGGCCUCCAAAGGCCUCAACUUCUCGGCCUCCAAGGCCUCAAACCGUUCGGCCAUCAACUGGCCUCAAGCUCUCAGCCUUCAAGGCCUUCAAGGCCUCAACCUCUCGACCAACUGAAUGGCCUCAAAACCGUUCGACCAUCAACUGGCCUCAAUCUCUCAGCCUCCAAAGGCCUCAAGCUCUCGGCCUCCAAAGGCCUCAACUUGUCGGCCUCCAAGGUCGUAAACCGUUCGGCCAUCAACUGGCCUCAAGCUCUUGGCCUUCAAGGCCUCAAUCUCUCGGCAACUUGAAUGGUCUCAAAAAGUUCGGCCAUCAUUUGGUCCCAAGCUUCUCGGCCUUCAAGGCCUUAACCUCUCGGCCAACUGAAUGACCUCAAAACCAUUCGGCCAUCAUCUGGCCCCAAGCUUCUCGGCCUUUAAGGCCUCAACCUCUCGGCCAACUGAAUGGCCUCAAAACCGUUCGGCCAUCAACUGGCCUCAAACCGUUCGGCCAUCAUCUGGUCCCAAGCUUCUCGGCCUUCAAGGCCUUAACCUCUCGGCCAACUGAAUGGCCUCAAAACCAUUCGCCCAUCAACUGACCUCAGGCUUCUCGGCCAACUGAGUGGCCUCAAAACUGUUCGGCCAUCAAUUGGCCUCAAUCUCUCGACCUCCAAAGGCUUCAAUUUCUCGGCCUUCAAGGCCUCAAACCAUUCGACCAUCAACUGGCCUCAACCUCUCGGCCUUCAAGACCUCAACUUCUCGGCCUUCAGGUACCGUUCGGCUAUAUCUCAGCCUCAACUACUCAGCUUCCCAUGGUCUCAAGUUUGGCCAUAUUUUGGCCUUGAGCCCUCGAUCAUCUGACCUUAAACUCUUAGCAGAAUUUGUCAUCACCACUCAACCUAGGACGUUCGGCCUCAAGCUUCUCGGACUCCAAAACAAAGGCGACUUAGAGACGAAAGCAAAACGGAUGAACCCGUCCUUUCCAGGAAGGCCAUUUACAAAACCCUUUGCAUCAUUAAUAUCAUGCUCGGGCUUGGGGGGCUGAUGUACCGUACGGUCCUUCCACAUGACCGUAUGGUCCUUUCACGUAGUCGCAUGGUCCUCCCACAUGGCUGUCCGUGCGGUCCUCCCAGGCUAUCCUCCCAAGCUAUCCUCCCAGGCCAAACUCCCAGCCAGGAUGUCCCUCCAUAGCCGUCCACCUAUGUCGCGCCAGCUGGUAAUGACCCAUUAAGUGCUUAAUGAAGAUUAAGGUGCGAUUGGGCCAUUAUCAGGCCCACAAAAGGUAAAAGCCCAUUACAACUCGUAUAAAUAAAGGUCCCAGGUAUGUCUUCAGACCAGAUUGCACUCGCUGCACAUUAUGUAUUACUCUCUUCCCUUGAUAUUAUCGUUAGGUCAUUUACUGACUUGAGCGUGCCUUUGGCAAGUACUCGCUCACCCGGUCUAGAGAAUGAGGAGGGAGAGCCAACUUGGAGCACGAGGAAACAACAAGAAACCGUUCGACCUUCAACAGGUGACCACCCUUCCUUUAGCAGACCGUUCGGCCUUCCAUGCCAGGAAAAGUGUCCAGUCUCCAUCGAACAUCCGGCCUUCCACACCACUUGGAACGUUCCAGGCCUCUUCAUCCUGUCUUCAACACUCGACACCACCUCAUUCCCGAAACAAAAUGUUAAGUUCAUAAUGUUUCUUUUGUUACUAGACAAUCUGUAUUUCUGAAUGAUGCUUUUCACAUAGCACUUCAGAUAAGCAUGCUGGAUUUAUAAAAGAGCAUAUUAAAGACUCAAAACUGAAUUCUGAUGAACUUAUAACCAUUUACUCAAUUAAGGUGCCUCCUGAUAGUAUCAGUCCCAUAACUUUGCAGCUCUUUUCAUGUGUUUCGUAGCAGGGCAACUUUAUUGUCCUAAUAUCUAGCAAUUUUUAUUAUAUUCUAAUAUUAGCAGAAAACAUGAAGAUUGGUUUUUUACUUGAAGUGCAUUUAGGUGUCUUGAUAAUAUGUUUUUCCAACUAAAUAUAUUGUCUCC